GCGGCUCUGGACUUUCUCUCGGAGGUCUUUCAGCCUUGGCAGGACCUGAAACGUGCGGUUCCUGUGCCCGGUUGGGAGGAUGGGGAACACUGCCGGGCAGAGCGCGUGGCUUCGCUGGACGGGAUCCGGUCCUUUGCUUUGCUGUGGGUUUUUGCGGAGCACUCCUUCAAAUCUUGUUUCAGGAACAUGUACACGGGCGCACCCAUCGGGUCGUUCCAGCUGAAGGACUUCGUGCUGAUGCAGUGGUGGGGUCAGUGGCCUCUGCAGGGCAACACAGGCGUGGACUCUUUCUUCGUGCUCAGCGGCAUGAUGAUCAGCAGCGCCUACCUGCGCUUCGACCCUAUGACCUCCCUCCCGCUGCACAUCGCCCUCUUCCUGCUGCGUCGCUUCUUCCGGAUCUGGCCCAUGGUGGUGGCCGCAGUGCUGGCUGGAUACCUACUGACCGCCUGCAGCCCGGAGUUCGCGGCGCGCUGGAAUGAUCUUGCGUGGGUCCAUCUCUUUCUGAUCCCCAACUUCUUCAAGGAGAGCCUGAACUCAGCCCUCGCCCAUCUCUGGAGCGUCAGCGUGGAGAUGCAGAUGUACCUCCUGACCCCCAUCCUAUGCGAGCUGAUCUUCGAUCGGAAGGCAGGCAAGCGGCGGCCCUGGGCGUAUGCCCUCCUGGCAUUGAUUUCUCUGGCCAGCAUGGAGAAAGCCCAGGAAGGCAAUAAGGCGGAGGAGGCGGAGGCCGGAAAUGCGAGCCUCAUGCUGGCGCGCGCAGCGCGAGCGUUUGGCGGUCUGCUGCUGGACCUUGCUGCAGUAGCGGUGAUGGUCCUGUCCGGGCUCUUCGGCUGCUACUACCUCCCCGCUCCCAGCUUUAUGGACGAGGUCCUGGGAGCCCGCGGCAAGCAGUGCUCUGUGGCGUUCUGGCCCCCGCUCUUCGGUUGGAGCCUGGCCCGCUGCCUCUAUCACAUACUCACGGCCGCAGCCAGUCGACUGAAUCCCUGGUACUGGUGUCAGCAGUUCCUGGGUCGGAAGCUUUGGUUCCAUGUGGCGCUUCUUUCCUACAGCGCCUACGUUAUGCAGAACCACGCCGUCCUGCCCUUGAUCAUGUUGGAUGAAAGCCUGCGCCUCAACUGGUCCGGUCUGGGACGCGGCGAUGCGCCGUUGGCAAUGGUGCGCUACACCGUGCAGUUCUUCCUCUGGACGCUCUGCUGCUGCCUUGUGGCUCUUCCCUGCCACGUUUUCGUGGAGGUUCCAGGGAUGCGGCUUGGCCGAAUGCUGGACCGGGCCCUGCGGCGCUGGUGCCAGAAGAGCUGCAAGGGAUUGGGGCCAAAGGUGGAGGUAGUGCGCAAAGAAGGCGCUGCCUGCAGAGACAGUGGCGUCAGCGAGAUCGUCUCCACGGACACCUCCGCCUCCUCGUGCGUAUGA